UUUGUGAAGGAAAUUUCUAACAUCCUUAACUUUUAGAGCUGUUUUCUUAGAGUUUCUGUUAAAAUAUGACGCACGUAUACUUUAAAAUGGUUUAGAUAUUCUCUAAAGACUGAACGCAGUUAUUUGUUUUUAUAUUCUCCAAUCUUUGGUGUGUUUUCCUGAGGUGUUCUUGUUGUCAUUGACCACCGUAACUCGUUGCUAGUGAGUGGCAGUUAUGCUAACUCAAGAUUCUCGACAGAUGUGGUUUUAGUUUGGAAUGCCAUCGUCGCUUACAAUGGAUCUCGGUUCUCCCGAUCAGUUUGACGAUGGAGAAGGAAAGCCRUUCAGUGAAGUCCAUGMCAGACAGUUGAUCUCUAAGAUUAGCAGAGAGGAAUUGGAGGAUAAGUUCUUAAGAUUGCAAGAAGAUAACACUGAACUGAAGAAGUAUGCAAGGAAACAAGAAGAGAAAAUUAAGAAGAUGGCCACAAAGCUUCUUCGACUGGUGGCUGAUAAAAAGAAAAGAGAAAACAUACAUGGAGGCUCAAGUGGGAAAGACGUUGAAUUGCAAGAAAAGAUGGCUGACCUAAAUGAAAAGAUAAUGGAAUUAGAAAAACAAAAUGCAAAUCUUAAAAGCAAGCUAUCCAUUGCUAAGCAGCAGUUACAAACCCAGGGAAAACGUUCAACCCCCUAUGACCAUGUCAAACCUAGAAUCAACACUGGAAUUCAUGGCAGAUCUCCAUCAGGAAACAGAUUAAAGAAGAAUCUUAGAGUACAAGGUYAUGACAUAAGGCCAGGGUCUCGUGUUACACCAGUAUCAACACCAGUCCUGCCACAACCAAGAUAUGGUCACAGCUUACUUGAGGAAGCAAGGCUUGAGAAACGAGAACUGGAAGACUUCAUUGCACAGCUUCAAGAUGAACUGCAGCUUCUUGAAGAAGACAAAAGACAGCUUCAGCUAUUGAUAGAAGAGAAAGAACAGGAACAUGAGGAAGAACUGAGGCUUGCAAGGGAUCAGUUAACAGGAGUGCAAAGAGCUAAUCUUCAAGAAAAUGUUGAUAUGAUCAAACUCCAACGUGAUKUCAAAGACAAGUCUACAAAGCUGCAAGCUUUGCAAGCCAAAUACACUACCUUGGAUGAAAAUUUGUCAAAAGUAAAGCAGAGUCAUUCYCAGCUUUUAGAGGAAAUGGAUAAACUCAACACAAAACUGAAAGAGGAACAGACUAAAAAUCUAAUGCUGUCAAAUGACAUCAAGACGUCUGGAGUUGCUUCUAAAUCCAUUGCAGAACAAGUUCAACUGAUUUCUGAUCUCAAAGCUGAAAAUGAAAUACUCAAAGAGGCAAAUGAAAAGCUAGUGAGCAGUGCUUUUGAUGUGGAUAGAGAAAGACAACACAGAAGCAAACAAAGACAACUUGAGGUCGAGUUAGAACAGCACAAAGCAACAAUUAAUUCUGAUUUAAUGGAGAGGAAUGAAAUACUGGACAAGCUCACGACAGAGAGAGAAACUGCAGAAAAGAUCCAAGAAGAACUUCGUGAACUAAGAGUUCAGCAUUUUACCCUAAAAGAGCAGCAUGAUACAUUGAAAGAAAAAAUGAAGUUCUUUACUCGGGAGAGUGCUGUCGACUUCCAGGAAAUCGAGGAAGCUUUAGUUUUAAUCAAACAAAGAAAAGAAAGAGGAAGCCAGGAUCUGGAUUUCCUUGAAAAAGUAGACGAUGAACUGGAAAAAGAUUUAAAAAAGCAACACACUGAGCUUCAGGCAUCACAUGCAGACACAAUCAAUGAACUCGAAAAAACACGAAAUAUGCUGAUAAUACAACACAAGAUCAAUAAAGACUACAAGACAGAGGUGGAUAGAGUUACAAAGAAAAUGCUGGAAGACAAAAAAGAAUUUGAUCUAAAGAUGCAAGAAUACGCACAGCUGUUAGACAUACGGGCUGACAGAAUYAGGAAACUUGAAGCUCAAAUGCGUGACAUUGCAUACGGAACUAAAAAGUACAAGACCCUCGCAUCUGAGGAUUCUGAGUAUGACGAGAUGGACAGCACGCUAGAACUAGAGAGAGGACAAAACGUUUUUGAGAUACAUAUUGAAAGAGUGUCUUUGAGUGACGCGUCAUCGCAUGAGUUUGGUGACGCAGAACCUGUAACCUUUGUUACAUAUGAGUUCUUCGAACACGAGUUACAAGCUACUCCUGUCAUGCGUGGUUCACGUCCACAGUUUCAGUUUACUUCUCAGUAUCUUGUACAAGUCGACGAUUUCUUUCUGCAUUUCCUUCAAAAGGUUUGUCCGUUAUGCCGUUGUGUGUGGUGUACAAAUCGCUCUACCGUUCUGUCUUGCUUCGUCUACAGUUCGUCAGGACGWYCAAUAUGAAUAUUGACUUGUUUUGUAUUKUCAGGUACUSUGGCGCCCUGUGAAGGUCAAGACGUUGGUGUGUUAGAGUACUGGGUUAGACUACGAGUACCGAUGGACCAAGCAAUAAGACUUUUUAGGGAACGCACCAAAGCCCUUGGGUACAUGAACGCUACAUCUUAUUCAGCCCUAGAGGAUGCAGGCCACCCACAAAAAGCCCCCUCUGACGUCAACGAGCUUGAUAUUCACGUGAUCAGAUGUUCCUCCUUGAAACCAAGAAGAGAAGGMAUUCAGCCAAGUCCUUAUUGUGUAUAUAAAUUUUACGAUUUUGCUGACCACGAUACCAACAUARUCCACAACUCCAACGAGCCGGUCUUCAAUGAUGUCAAGACGUUUCCAGUACCCAUGACCGAGGAACUCGACACUUACCUUAGAACAUCGAUGCUUUCAGUGUAUGUGUUUGACGAUGCAGACAGUGAGAUGACGCAGUACCUGGGUGUGGCCAAGGUGUCGUUAAUCUCAUUAGCAAACGAUAAACCUAUCAAGGGGACUUUUGAGCUACGUAAGCCUUCARGGGAAGUGAAUGGUUCAAUAGAUGUCUGGUUCAAGUGGCGAUACACGUAUCUACCUGCUAGUGCCAAACCUCCUGCAGCCAAACAGCGAUUAAUGGCAGUACCAAAAGACGAAGAUGAGCAUCAGAUGGUUAUCCAGGAUAGUUUAGGUCAAUUACAGCCACCAGAUGACACAUCUACACCUAAACAAGUCCACUCAGACGUUGCUUUAAAACCCAGUGAAGAGACAAGAAAACCAAUGCCUGUCAAGAGAAAGAAAGAAACAAAAGAGGAGAAAAUCACUGAAAAACCUCCCAGACCACAGCCGCAAAAGUCAUUCGAAGAAAUGUCUCUUGACGAGCUGGAACAAGAAGCUAAACCCAAACCAGUCCCUCGCCGCAGAACAUCAUCAUUUACCAUCGAACCAAAAGAACUAGACAAACCCAUUGAAGAGAUGAAUAUCGAUGAAAUGGUCGCCGCGGCGGCAAGUGAACCUGUUGAUAAAGCUGAAGURCAGCAUGAAUUUGAUGAAGAUUCUGAAGACUCUGAAGUUGAGGAGGAAAUUAACGAAGAAAUGGAGGAAGAUGAGAGCGACGAAACAGCGCAGGUUGCUGAGGAAAUGCGUCGAACAGCUGAACGAGACAAUGGCGAUACYUUUUUUGGUGAUACAACAUUCGAAGAACAGCAAUCUGAUGAAAGAGACUCGAGUUUAGGUGACGAAGUGGACAUUCCUCUCCCUGUAAGAAAAGUUGACCAGGAGCAAGGUUACCAAUCAGAGACAAGUGGUAGCGAAGCUGGUCUUGUUGUAGCACCUUCACCGUCUAGAGCAGCAUCAGCCAUAGCAGCAAAUUCUCAAGCUAUAACAAUCCAGAUAACAAGUCUAACAUUGGAAGACAAUUCUCCUAUUCUCACCAACCAAGCAAUACAGCAACUAUUUAUCAGCUACAGAUUCCUUGACUGCGACCCUGCUGAACUAGAAACACCCAUGUCUCUACAGAAACCCAAAGCWCCUCACAGACCUAUUUAUUAUAAUUUUAAAAAAGUUUUUCAUGUCGAUGGUGACACGAAUCCUGUGAAAAGAAACUAUUURAAGUACAUGUUAACGGCUGAAAGCCCUACGGAAGGAAGGAUUAUAUUUACUGUUGUGAGUGAACCCGCUGACCCUGAUGAAGGAGACUGCAUGGAUGUCGCAUACGCRUCUGUCGACCUGCUAGAGAUUCUUCAAACUGGAAAAGAUUUCAUAGACCAAGACAUAAAUCUCACCAGUCUCACGAAUGAAGACCAGUCCGACGUUGGCAGCUUAACAGUGACCGUUGAAGCUUUCGAAGCUUUACGAAGUCUCUAUGACGACGAGGAUUAGACUUUAGACCAUGUACAUACACGACAGCUUGUAUAUAGAAAUUAUUUAUAAAACACAUCUAGUUGCUUUAACUGUGUUAUAAAAACUAAAAAAUGUACAUAACGGUUACUGAUAUACGGCAGCACKCCCAUUGUACAGCGGUCUUACCAUGAACUCGGGCGUUAAGACACUUUUAGUGUUAAAAAGACGUGAGUCACAUCACAACAUUUAUUUUUAAAUAAGCAAAAAUAAACAUACAUAUAGUUGAAUCCUGAUUUAAAAUGUUAUGCAAGAUAAUACUUUAGACGGAUAGUUUUGGGUUUGUGCCUUCACAAUAUUAUCGCGAUAUUAUGUUCUUGUUAUGUUACAUCAUUUGUCUUCAAUGGACAGAAAAUUAGUAUAAAAAGUAUGAUGAAUUAAUCAUAGUWAGGUUGUUGGUAUAGAUCGAUGAUGGUUAGCCUGUGCGAUAGUUAUGAWUAUCGAGGUUUUGGUAUCCCUGUGCUUUUCUACGUGCAAUGAUGACUGYAACCAUAACGACAACAAACACUGCAGCRAURACUACACCAGCAAUGAGACCCACCGAGCUACCACUAGACGACUUGUCAUCGAUUGUCUUUUUGUCCUGUAAAAUAACAUUGGCAUUAAUAAACUUUAUAUAUCUCUC